AUGGCUGGGGCGCUCAGGCUGCUGUGUGUGUGGCUGGGCUGCUUCUGCGUGAGCCUGGCGUGGGGAGAGAGACCGAAGCAGCACUUCCCCGAACGGCCCCGGGCGGUGCGCGGCGAUCGCUCGGCAGGUGGUGGUCUCAGCCCGGAGCUGCAGCCGCACGACCAGGUGUCGGAGCACAUGCUGCGGCUGUAUGACAGGUACCGCGGCGGCGGCCGGGCCCCGGCGGCGGCGGCGGCGCGGAAGCCAGGCUCCGGGGAGCGGGGCUCCCAAUCCCUGCGCCCUCACCCACUGCGCCAGGGCAACACCGUGCGCAGCUUUCGAGCCGGAGCCGCAGGAACCCUUGAAAACAAGGGACUGCAUAUUUUUAAUCUGACUUCUCUAACCAAGUCUGAAAACAUUUUGUCUGCCACACUGUACUUCUAUAUUGGAGAGCUUGCCAACAUCAGCCUGAAAAUUUGUCCAUUGUCCGAAGGAUGCUCUGAUCAUGCUCGGAGGAAACACAUUCAGCUAGAUCUCACUGCAUGGAUCCUCAAACCCAACCCAAACCAAAAUCAUCUACUGGGUCAUUUGUCAGUCGAUGUAGCUAAGCCUCAUCGAGAAAGCAUGUCCUGGCUUUCUAAAGACAUCACUCAGCUCUUGAGAAAAGCCAAAGGAAAUGAAGAGUUUCUCAUAGGAUUCAACAUUUCCUCCAAAGCCCAUGAGCUGCCAAAGACGAUGUUACCUUUUCAGAAGCCUUAUAUCUUGGUAUAUGCCAACGAUGCUGCUAUUUCUGAGCCAGAAAGUGUGGUCUCAAGCUUGCAGGGACAUCGUAAUUUCCCCACAGGAGUUGUACCCAAACUAGAUAGCCACAUCAGAGCUGCCCUUUCUGUGGAACGAAGGAAGAAACGCUCUGCUGGGAUCUUGUUACCUCUGCAGAACAAUGAGCUUCCUGGGGCAGAGUAUCAGUACAAGGAGGAUGGAGUGUGGGAGGAGAGAAAGCCCUAUAAGACCCUUCAGACUCAGUCCCCAGAGAAGAGUAAGAACAAAAAGAAACAGAGGAAAGGACCUCACCAGAAGAGCCAGACACUCCAGUUCGAUGAACAGACUCUCAAGAAGGCAAGAAGAAAGCAAUGGAUUGAACCUCGAAAUUGUGCCAGGAGAUACCUUAAAGUAGACUUUGCAGACAUUGGCUGGAGUGAAUGGAUCAUCUCACCCAAGUCUUUUGAUGCUUAUUAUUGCUCUGGAGCCUGCCAGUUUCCUAUGCCAAAGUCUUUGAAGCCAUCAAAUCAUGCUACCAUCCAGAGUAUAGUGAGAGCUGUGGGAGUCGUUCCCGGAAUUCCUGAGCCUUGCUGUGUUCCUGAAAAGAUGUCCUCACUCAGCAUCUUAUUCUUUGAUGAAAAUAAGAAUGUGGUGCUUAAAGUAUAUCCUAAUAUGACAGUAGAGUCUUGUGCUUGCAGAUAAUGGGGCAAAGAACUCAUUUGAAUGCUUAAUUUGAUUAUUUCCAUGGACUUUUAUUUUGCACUGCCAAUGCAUUUUGUCCCAAAAAGUUUCUUUUUUUUGUAGUCGAAAGAGAAUGAACAAAUAGAUUGAAGAUAUCCGCUAGGCAGAACUGAACUGUAUUUGUGUCUGAAUGUAACUAAAAGCAAGAUUUUUGAAAAUGACAGCUAUUGCUUUUCCUUUUAAUUACAAAAGAAAAACUUUCAUUCAAACUGCUUUAGAACUGCUAUAGAACACACUGAUUUAUUUUUGUAAUGGGCUUUAAAAGUAGAUCGAAAAACCAGCAGUAGCUAAUCAUUGAUCUCUCAUCUACCAAGACAAAAGGGAAAUAGAGAGUAAUUUCAUAUUUUAAUAGGCUUAUUGCCUUAAAUUCCUGAGCAUCCCAGCCAGUGCUAAAUAAUCUAAUCAAUUGUGAUGUUUAUCUUAAAAUUUUUUGAGACUUGCUUGCCCUUGAGUUUUCUCCACAAGUCAUUGUAAACCUUAAGUAAAUUUAUGCUGAGUUUUAAGUAAUGUGUGUACAUGUGCCAAGUCUCUGUGCCCUCUGUAAGAAGUCAGCUUGAUAGAUUUCUAUAACCCAGGAUAUUCAAAAUACUUAGUGUUUAGCUUUAUGUUCUGGAAAGCUGCAUUUGGUUAUGUAAACCCCGCCAAGAAUGAUGGAAUGACCCAAGAAUAUAUGCAGAGAGUGAUCACUUAACCAAUUUAAUUGGAAAUGCUGUUAUUUUUAUUCCAUUGCCUCCAAGAAAGGGAAUCAGCAAUUCAAUGUUGAAAACCCGGAUGUAGUUUCUUUUCUCUUUCACAAGAAUUUACAAUUUUUUUCCUCCUAAUUUGAACUCAAGAUUUCCUUGUGCAGUACUGGAUGGACUACUAGAAAUCUCCUUUAAACGAUCAGUUUCAUUACAAUAGUGUAUUUAUUAAUUUCUCAAUCACCAAGAAAGAGAAUCAAAUACAGACUUCAGUCUACUUGCUCCUCCCUCCUCAUUUCCAAUCGUCAUAAUUAACGCCCCUUAAAAUUCUGUCCUUGAAAAAUCUCGCACUCAUUAUAUUUUCCUGACAGGAUAGAAGUGAUUUCAGGCCAUAGAUAGUCACUGAUGUAUCUGUGAUUAGUCUGCAUUUAAGUUUAGCCUCAUCUGGUGAUUAGAAAUAAGUAUAGUGUUUCAGAGCCCCUGUGGUAUCAGAAGUCAAAAAGAUUGGUUUUAUUUCUUACUUGUUUUUAUGGGGGUUCAGUCAUCUCAUAAAGACUCAUGUAUCAUCUAUUUUGUAAAAGGCACAAUAUUAACUAUGUAUCUUAAUGCCUACACCCAUAAAAUAAAAAGUUGACCAUUUGAGUUGGAUGGCCCUGUAGGAAAUGAAAGGUUGGGUAUCUAACAUGAGUUUAUUAUUUGGGACUCUUCCUUGAAGGGAGAUAGUGAUAGAUAUGAAAACAUUGCAAGGAUUUCUACUCAUAAACUCAGUGCAGGAGUGGUCCAUACCUCAAUGUGGAAUUUUCUGUGGUCUACAUGGUAUAUUAUUGGAAGACAUUUAAAAGAUGAUAGCCAUAAAAAACACAUUAUUUGCAACUUUUGAAGAAGUAUAAGUAAGUUGGUGUAGAUAUGUGUUAACUCCCAGACGAAAAAAAGGAUUAAGUUUUUGUGUCUAAUUGCUGGAUUUCCUCUAGGAUAUUUUUGUUUUGUAAUAAAAAGCUAAAGAUUCAAACCAAGAUAAGGAUGAAAUUACUUUGUAAUACAUUUCCUUACAAAGUUAUAUAAAAGAAACUGGCUGUAUUGGACAUCAUAUACUAGUCAUAUUGUCUUUCAACAAGAGGAUGUUUCUUUGUCUAUAGCAGAUUCAAUGAAAUUUUUAACUUAGUUUUCCCUAGAGAUGGAUUUUUUUCAAACUUAUGGCAAUUCUUAAUUAUCAAGUAUCCACCUUAUAUUCAGAAAUAUCUCUUAUAUUUCUUAGUUUGAACCAAUACCUGCUGGUAUAGAUUGAAUGUUAGAGGGAUCAAAAAUCUUCUACACAAUCAACAAGUUCAAGUACCAACUAAUUACAACUUUAUCUUAAGACAUAGUAAAAGAGCUUAGCUAGACACUUUGAUUUCUGGGUAACUUCUAGCCAUCAUUUCAACCUCUACUGAAUUGAUCACAUAUUGUGGGAAAUAUGGGAAUAAUUUUCUUCCCAAAUAAUAAAUAAAUAUUAAUUUUCAGUAGUGAAGGUUGAGGUAAAUGGAUUAAUGUUUAAAUUAAUAAAAAUGUAUUUGAAAUGAAAAUGUAAGUGCCUACUUUUCAAUUUAUUAUGUACUAGUGUCCAUAUUCUUCCUACAUAGAUUUUUUGGGAAACCUUCCAGUAUUAAAUUGACAUUGAUGCAGGAACUACAUUUAUAAAGGCUUUUUAUAAAUCAAUGCCCUUCCCUUCGCUCAGUCAUAUUCAUAACUAUUCCUUAAUGUGUACUUACCCAUGCGCACACACCUACACACACACACACACACACACACACACACACACAAAUCAUUGAAGAAAAGAAUUUUUUCUAAAAUUCCAGUUAAGGUAGUUCCAGUAUCUAUAUGUGUAUUUUAAGAAUAAUUUGUUGUAACUGUGUAAAUACUAUACAAUUGGUAGAAUUUGGAGUUAUAUAACUUACCCUGGAAUGUUGGAUUCCUCAGAUUUCAGGAUUCCAGAUUAAUUUUCACACCCACCUCUUCUAUACUAUCUGGUGAUCACUUAAUCAUCGUUAUUCAAUAUAAUAUGUUAGCCUCUUAAUCUUUCUGUAUAAAAGCUCCAACUUCCCAUUUGAUAUUUUUAUAAGCCAUUGUUGGGAGUGAUACUGUCAUCAGGCUGAGUUACACAAGUUUUCAUCUAAUUACACUAAUUGGUUGUUCAUGCCAUAGUCACUUUUCUCUGCUAACAAAUAACUAUUACCUGGUGUAUAGUUCUUGUAACAUUUACUACUUAUUGAAGCAAGGCUGGUUGAGAGAAGAACUAUGCUUGCUGAUGUGUAAUAUUAAAGAGGUGAUUAAGAAAUUGUGGAUUAAAUCUGACUUCUCUGCAUAGCUUUUCUUCCUCAGAGAAUUGUAUUUGCUUGUAGUUUGUAGGUGAUAAAAAUGAUCCUGCCUUUCUAAAAGCAAACCCUUCCCUUCAUCUUGUCAUACUUAUUUCUGUAAAUGUUUUAGUUGAGAAUUUAAUGCUUGUACAGUCAAUGGCAAUUAAAAAAUUUAUAUAUAUUAUAUGUAUAUGGAAAAACGUUAAAGAUGCUUUUAAUUUAUUUAAUGACUGUUGCUUUUCUAUAUUGGUAAUAAUUUUCAUUUUUAGAAGGUGAGAAAACUACUUUUUCAUUCUAGUUCCUAGAAGAAACACUAAAUUUGGUUCUUUAGUCAAAUCCACUUAAAGAGUGUAUCAUAGUGAAGCUUCACUACUGAUGGAUUGAGCUUUGCUGAUUUUGUAUCAUUUUCCUCCAAUAAUGAAGUGCUUUUCAUUAUAUAUUAUGAGAAUAAAAGAUGCUUAAUUGAA